AUGGAAAAAACUUAUCUGGUCUCAACAUCUCCCCCGAAGCUGAAGUUCUUCCUCUGGAAGAUAGGAUCCAACGCGCUACCGUCUGGUGAGAAUUUGCCCAAAAUAGGGAUGCUUCAAAACACCACUUGCAGCCAUUGUGGUGAAUCAGAGAGUAUGGAUCACAUCCUCUUUCACUGCCAAUACACAAGUGAGGUCUGGAGCUAUGGACCGUGGAAUCAACCCAUUGACACAACAGCUACUACAUUGUUCUUCGAAAAGCUUGAGAACUCCUGGAACCUAGCUCCCCUCCCACCUUAUGGAUUCACUGGCAACGCCUUGCCGUGGAUAUGCUGGGCAAUCUGGACCUUCAGAAAUCAACGGAUCUUUGAGAAUAGAACUCAAACGCCAAAGGAAACAACUCUAAAAGCUAUCCAGGCCCUCAAAGAAUGGGAGAUCGCGCAACCCCCGCGUCUUAAAAGCCCAAAAUCAGCGACGAUUCACCAGCACCAAGAUCCGCCGGCUCUCGAUCCCUCUGAAAUCUUCUGCAAUAUCGAUGCCUCCUGGAACCACACCUCGAAAGAAGCAAGGCUAGCUUUGAUCUUCACAAACGGAUCAGCAACAGAAGUAUCUCGCAGGUCGAUUAAGCAAACGGCAGUUUCAUCGCCAUGCAUGGGCGAAGCUCUGGCAAUCAGAGAAGCUCUACUCCAAGCAGCCACCAAUCACUACUCCAACAUCUAUAUUCGAACAGACUCUCAAGUACUUUCACAAGCAAUCAACUCUCGGCGAAAGACGACGGAUCUCUACGGGGUUCUUUCAGAUAUCGACGAGUUCGCCUUCUCCUCUUCCUUUCCCUUUAUGCAUUGUCGUUUUACUUACAUUUCUAGAGCCAAAAACGGGCCGGCUGAUGGGCUUGCCAAGGCCUGUCUUGUAGUCCAGCCCGUUUUAAACCCAAACUAA